GCUCCUCCCUGAGGGAGGAGAGAAGACCUCAUUGAUUUUUCAAGAAUAACUAGACAGCACUCAAACAAACCAGGACUGGUGCUGCUGUUGGGCAAUGUGUCUGCAGGUGUAGGCAUGACCCCCGGGGCUUUGCUGGAUCAUGUUUGCCUCUCGCUUGCCCUGGUGGAGGUCCAAUGCCACCUGCAAGUCGUGGCAAUCAGGUCACUUUCUGCCUUGGGACAGGUGCCAAAUGCUGAAUGUUAAAGGAAUCAAGAGGAUCGUGGGGCAGGAGCAACAGGCCAGCAUGAAGGAAAAACGAGUGUUAGAAGAUUGGGAAAUGCACCUUGCAAGGAGAGAAACGGAGGCCCUCUUUCAAGAGCAGCCUGAGACUGGAAACCAGUACUUGGAAGACACUUUGCUUCGGAGUUACUUGAAAACACACCUUCCUCCCAAGGUCCUGGAGGAAGUGCAUCGGGACCUGGAGAGGUUUGGAAACCGCCUGGUGACCAAGAUCCAACCUCUGAGCUGGGAAUGUGAGCUGAACCCCCCCGUGUUCCGGCAGUAUGAUGCCUGGGGGCAGCGUGUGGAUGACAUCCACACCUGCACGGCGUGGAGGAGGAUGAAGGAGAUUUCAGCAGAAGAAGGACUAAUUGCUGAGGCCUAUGAGAAAAGAUACUCCAACUGGAGCCGCCUGUACCAGGCUGUCAAACUGUACUUGUUCUCAAGCUCCUCUGGAGGUUUCAGCUGUCCACUGGCCAUGACUGAUGGGGCAGCUAAAGUCAUUGAGUCACUGGGUAUUCCUGGAUCUCUGAAAAACGCUUUUGACCGUCUGACAUCCCGUGACCCCAAGAAGUUCUGGACCUCUGGCCAGUGGAUGACCGAGCGAAGGGGUGGCUCAGAUGUUGCAAAUGGCACUGAGACCAUGGCCAGGAAGCAGCCGGAUGGCACCUAUCGCCUGUAUGGAUUUAAGUGGUUCACAUCAGCAGCUGAUUCUGAUAUGGCAUUAACCCUGGCCAGGAUAGCAGAUGCUGAAGGACAGUGUACCCAGGGCUCCAGAGGCCUGUCCCUGUUCUUCCUGAGGGUUCGGGAUGAGGAAGGGAAAUUGAACAGCAUCCAGGUGCAAAGGCUGAAGGACAAGCUGGGCACGAGGCAGAUGGCAACAGCAGAGCUGUGGCUGCAAGGAGCCAGAGCAGAGCUGAUCUCUGCAGAGGGUCGUGGAGUGGCCGCCAUCUCCAACAUGCUGAACAUCACUCGGAUUCACAACGUCAUUGGUGCAGUGGCCUCCAUGAGAAGGAUGAUCAGUCUGAGCAGGGACUAUGCCCGCAAGCGCGUGGCCUUUGGGAAGCUCCUCAAGGACCAUCCCCUGCACAUGCAGACGAUAGCCCGGAUGGAGGUGCAGGUGAGAGGGGCAUUUCUGCUGCUUAUGGAGAUCGUUCGCCUGCUGGGCCUGGCUGAAACCAACCUGGCGAGUGAGCAGGAGCAGCUGCUGCUGAGGCUGCUCAUCCCAGUGGCCAAACUGUACACAGGGAAGCAGGCUUCUGCCGUGGCUGUUGAGGCAAUGGAGAGUUUUGGGGGCCAAGGUUACAUGGAGGACACAGGCUUGCCAGUCAUACUCCGGGAUACUCUGGUGCUGUCCAUAUGGGAGGGAACCACAAAUAUCCUGUCCCUGGAUGUGCUGCGAUCCCUCGCCAAGAGCCAAGGGCAGGUGAUGGCUGUGUUCCUGUCCACAGUGCAGAAAAAGCUGGAGCUGGCUUCAGGCACUGAGGAACUGUCCGCAGCCGUGCAGAGGACACGGGAAGCCAUCGGGAACCUCCAACAGUUCAUGGCAGCCGUGGGCUCAGAGCAGGCCCUGACCAUGGAGAUGGCAGCCAGAGACUUCUCCUACAGCCUGGCACGGAUCUACACAGGAGCUCUGUUAAUGGAACACGCGGCUCGGCCUGACGCCUCCCCCUCAGACGUCUGUGCUGCCCUGAGGUGGUGCAACCAGGAGCUGUGUCCGGUGGCCGUGGAGUCGGGAAGGGGCAGCUACGGGGGCGGGGCAGCGCUCCAGGACAGCGCCCUGGUGUUCGGGAGCAGCCGGCUCUGAGCCACGGACACGAGUGCUGACCAUGGACUUCCACCCCAGGAUGGGGUUUGCUCCAGGGGCAGCCCUUUCCACCCACUGAACACUGACCUCAGGAACUGCUGCUUUCUGAAGAAAAAUGGAAUUUUUGUUCACUCUGGCCUCCAGAAAGUUGAAGAAUUCCCUACACACAUCCUAAUGAUGCUGCAAUCCAUCCUGAGAUAAUUUCUAAAUAAAUUUUGGACUGAAAUCCAGUAAUUCUCCACCUAAGCACUGGCUAUGGGCUUUUCCUUCCCCUCAGCCCAUCAGUCGACCUGCUUGGUAUUGCCCUGCUGGCUACAAGUUUCUAAUUAAGGAGUUGCUAACAGAAGAAGAAAAGCGCUAAUAGACCGAAGACAGCUGGAAUUUAUGGCUGGGAAAUGCUACAGCAGCCAGACACUGAGUGGGAAGAGGGAGAAGGAGCUGUUUGCUGAGAUUGGAUUUGUCCAGAGUUUCAAAGAUGGCAGAGCCAGAAGGACACAAAGGGUGGCUCUGGGGAGGAGCAGAGUGGAGCAAUCCCAACAGGACACAGCAAGGGAGGCUCCACGGGCUCAGGGAUCGCAGGCUGAGCCAAGCAGAGCUUCCCUGAAACUGCCCAAAUGCCAUGAACCAGCCCCAGCACCAAAAAGCUUCUGUUGUCUGUACAUUGCAGGGAAUAAAGAGCAUUUGGGUUUGGAAAA